CUUUCAGAAAACUGGAAAAAGAUCAACGAAGACCCAGUUUGCUUUGGAGCUGCUGGCGACACUCAUGCAACAUUCACGAUCAACAAAAGCGGACUCGUCAAUACAUUCAAACUGGUUUAUAGGAACGGUUCUGUCACUUGUGGAUUCUCGAUCAUCGAACCAACCCAUUGGGGUUGCAAGCACCCAGUGUUUGGGGAUAAGCAAUUGGCCACUGUUAUAACGUAUACAAACAAGUCUGCCCUUUUGCUGGCCGAUUAUUCGAGAGAAACAUGGAGAUGUGGCGAAAGAUAUUACAUGUAUAGUCUAGAGGGAACUGAUGUUAACUCUCCUGAAUUAGUGUUUAACCAACUUUUGCCCCCAUUAAACGUUUCGCUCGGUCAAAAGUUUCAAAUUUGGUACGCAGAAGAUUUGGUCGAUUGUUUCGAGCUUGAUAACAGUGGCCAGACAUGUGUCGAUGUUUACGCCUGGUAUACAGCUUAA